CCACGUCGAAGGUAUUUCAUCCUGCCCUGAUAUAUUAUGGAAGUUUCUGUUUCCAAAAUACAAGUAGAGGGAGAGCACAAAAGUUGUGGUAUUACAAGUCUGCUUUAUGAAGCAAGAAAAGUCGAUAGGAAAUCAAAACUAAAUGAUUUUGUGGAGGCUGUACAAAAAAAUAGAUCCAACUCUGAGGUUGGUACAAACUUGUGAAUUGAACACUAAUGACCCUGUUGACACAAGGUUUGGGGAAAGUCCUGCAGGGUCAUUUGGAUCUUACCAACUUGCAUUCCAGGAAUCUAACUUUAAAGUUACAUGUAACUUAGCUCCAAUUCAACCAGCUUCAAGAGCAUCAAAUUCCAAACCUUCUUAUCCUUCACUGCCAUUAGAUGAUUUGAAUGAUGAAUUUGUGUUAGAUCUGCCUGAUGAUCUGGAUAUACUACAGAAUAAACUAUUAGAUGAACUUAAGGUUAUUAUGCCUGAUGCAAAAAAGAUAGAAGAAAAUACCAGGGAUCAGCAUAAUUGUAAUGCUUGGACUGAAGAACGCAGGUAUAGAUUUACAGCUUCAAAUUUUGGAAAGGUGUCAAGAAGAAAAAGAAAUCAUGAGAAGUUUUGUAAUGACUUUUUUGUGUACAUGAGCAGGGGGCUUAGCAUUGAAAGAAUACACUUUGAUGAAGAGCACUGGAAGAAAAACAGAGCAAUGGAGGAAGGUUUAGCCCAAUGCCUGGAGGGAGCAGGUCCUGCACUGUAAAUCCCUUGUCUGCCAUUACUGAAUCUCCAUUCUCAAACUUUUGAUCUAAAAUACCACUGUGUAGAACAAUUUCCCUGUCUGAGAUGUGUCCAGUGUAAACCUGGCUCACAAAUGACAGUGCCCCACCUGGGGUUAUUCCAACAAGGGCUUUCAGAGUGGUGUUAUUUUUACAGGUACUAAAAAGUUCACUAUUUAAACAAAGGCUGCAAGGCAUUUGGCAUUUAACUUUGGUGCAGUCUAUUGUUAUUCUAGUUGAGGAAUAUUUUUCUUUAAACUGCUCUGGCAUGUGUUUGUUUAUUUUUUCUCUAGAGGGCCACAUGGGUACAUCCUUAAGCCUUAAAUAUAAAAGGUUGACCCAGGUUAUUAUUAUCCUGCUCAUUGUAGCUUGAGAUAUUCCAUAGAGAUGAGCAAGAUGUUCCUCUGCGAAACCUUGUCUUAAUCUAAACAAAGUAAUAAAAAGUUCCUCUUUAGGAUGCA